AUGUGUGAAGAACACCUCGUCCAGGUACACAGUAUCGACAUUAACAUACAGCACGCCAAGCUGACCUCAAUCAAGGAAGCACUCGGCCAAAUUUGCUGGCUCGAGGUUCCAGUGCGUGAUGUCCCUCGGGCCAAAGCCUGGUACACGGAACUCUUUGGCUGGGAGUUUGUACCUGAGCCUCAAAAGGCCGUCGGCGACUGCGUCAAGAGUAUGCACUUCUUUAACAAGGGCAAGACCCUCCACGGGGCAUUUAUGGAACAUGAUGAGGAAUAUCAUGUCAUCAACAACAAUCCCGACAAACCAGGUGCUCUGCCCGUUUUGCCAACCCUAUGCGUACUGGAUUGCGAAGAGACCCUGGCAAAGGCGAGUACGAUUGGUGGUAAGACCGUUAUGUAA